AGACUCCAUAUCACAAUGGGCGCGCCUGAUGAACAGACGCCGACAGCAGAGCGCAAUGUCCCGGAUGCGGCUGACGAGCUCGUCGGAUCGGGUGACGAAGAGGACAUCGUCAACGUCCCAACCGGCGUCUCCAAUGCCGCGAGCUGGAGGGAGAAGCGUCGUGCUCAAAACGCCAUUUUCGACUCGUGGAUCGUCAGUCCUGAUUGCCAGAAAGCAUUGAAGCCGAAGGCCAAGACAUCGUUAGAUGCCCUGGACGACAAUCAGUCUAUUCACUCGCUCUUGGCAUCGCAGCAGAGAGGUGCCCCGAUUGUGAAGAACCCGCGUGAGUAUCAGAUUGAGCUGUUUGAACGUGCAAAGAAGCGGAAUACAAUAGCUGUUCUGGAUACAGGGUCCGGCAAGACUCUGAUCGCAGUGCUGCUUCUUCGAUGGGUCAUCGACAACGAGAUCGAGAAUCGAGCCAAAGGAAUGCCAGUCAAAAUCUCGUUCUUCCUUGUAGCAUCCGUCACUUUGGUGUACCAGCAGUUCUCAGUCCUGGAGUCCAAUCUGGAUCACAAAAUUGCCAGACUAUGCGGUGCUGACAAUACCGAUCGAUGGGAUGGCGCCAGAUGGCAGAAGGAAUUCUAUGAGAACAAGGUCGUUGUCUGCACAGCUGAGAUACUGAACCAGGCUCUCGCACAUAGCUACAUCAGGAUGAGCCAGAUCAAUCUGUUGAUCUUCGAUGAGGCUCAUCAUACUAAAAAGAACCACUCGUAUGCUCGAAUCGUGAAGGACUUCUACCUGAUGGAGGACCCAGCUACGAGGCCGCGCAUCUUCGGUAUGACGGCGAGCCCGAUUGAUGCCAAGAUGGAUGUUAUCCAAGCUGCCUGGGAAUUGGAAUCUCUUUUGGACUCCAAAAUUGCUACCACCAGCGACAUGAGCUUGACCGAGGCAAUCAAAAAGCCCGCCGAGCAUGUCAUGGGGUAUGAGUCCCUGCCACGGACAGACUACGAAACUGAUUUGCUGCGGGACGUCAAAUCUCGUUAUGAGCAUAUCCCUGUGUUCUCGAACGUCUUCGAGCGAGCGGCAGAAAUUGCAUGUCACCUGGGUCGUUGGUGUGCUGACAGCUAUAUACUGCGCGCUUUCUCACACGAAAAAGCAGGUAAGUAUGAAAUGGACAUCGAGAAAAAGUUCCAUGCUCGGAGAGUGUCGCGCGAGAUGGUGGAGCUGGACGACGCGGUGAAGGAGAUUCGUGAAGCGGUUGAGUACGUUCAGACGCGGCGGAACGUGCUGGACAAGCUCGUACAUGCAGACAUCAGUUCGAAAGUUCUCGAGCUGCAUCGCUACUUGCGUCUGCAGUUCGAGCGUCUCUCCGAUCAUCGAUGUAUCGUCUUCGUCGAUCGGCGAUACACAGCACGCAUGCUGCACAUCUUGUUUUCACGACUAAGCACACCACACAUGAGAGGACACUUCCUGGUCGGUUCCAACAACGGCGGAUUGGACGAAGACUCAUUCACCUUCAGGCAGCAAGUCAUGACUUUAAUGAGGUUCAGGAAGGGAGAAAUCAAUUGUCUGUUCGCCACAUCAGUAGCCGAAGAAGGUCUGGACGUACCAGACUGCAACUUGAUCAUCCGGUUUGACAUGUACACAACGAUGAUCCAGUACGUCCAGUCGAGAGGCCGUGCGCGGAACCGGAACUCCAAAUUCAUUCAUAUGAUCGAGAUUGGGAACUCUACUCAUUCUCAGACUCUUAAUGAGGUCCGAUAUGCGGAGGCGACCAUGAGACGAUACUGUGAACUCCUACCGGAGGACCGCAAGCUGCAGGGCAACCAGGACAGCCUCGAAGUACUUUUGGAGCGGGAAAAGAAUAUGGAGACUCGCGUCGAUCCCAUCUCUGGAGCUAAGCUGACAUAUGCUAAUGCUCUGAGCAUCCUGGCCCACUUCGUCACUGCAGUCCCGACAGAGAGUGAUGAGCCGCAACACCCGACAUAUGUUGUGUCAACUCGAGGUCAGAAGUAUAUUGCAGAAGUCAUUCUGCCCGGAAGCUCUCCGCUGCGCUCCAAAAUUGGCAAGAUUCACCAAAAGAAGUCUUUGGCCAAGCGAUCUGCAGCUUUCGAUGCUUGCGUUUAUCUUCGCACGCAGGGGCACCUGAACGAGAAUUUGGUACCAGUCUACCAGAAGAAACUCCCUGCCAUGAGAAAUGCGCUUCUGGCUGUGGACAUGAAGGCUACUUCAGGAUACGGCAUGCAGAUCAAGCCUAAGAUCUGGGCCGAGCAAAGAGGCUUGCGUCCUGGAGAGCUGUGGAUCACGAUUGUGGACUUUCCAGAAGGCCUCGACCGACCGCAUCAAGCCCUGGCCUUGCUGACUAGAACACCUAUGCCACAGUUGCCCGCCUUUGCUGUUUAUCGCAACAGUGGUGACACCACUCUGGUCAAGUCCGCCAGCCUGCGACUGCCGCUGAUUGUCACGGAUGAGCGUCUAGCCAGGCUCAGUCGCUUCACAUUCCGCGUGUUUGAAGAUGUCUUUAGCAAAGUUUACGAGGAAGACAGUCUGAAGCUAUCUUACUGGCUGGCGCCUGUUAAAGUACAAUUAAAAGUCGCGGCAGACAGCCUGGAGACAGAACAGGACAUCAAUCCAGCCACGGCAAUCGACUGGGCAUUAUUGGAAGAGGUCUUUGCUCAUGACGAAUACAAGUGGAUCCCAGGUAUGCCUCACGGUAACUUCGUCAACAAGUUCAUCGUCGAUAAAUGGGAUGGUAGUCGCAAGUUCUUCUCUGUGGGCGUGGAUCCUUCGCUCAAGCAGACUGAUCCCAUACCAGAAGACGCCAACAAAGGCAAGCAUGGCAGUUCAAUCUUGGCGUAUAGCGUCAGCCUGUGGAAGAAGUCUCGCUCAAAGUUCACGUACGCGGAGAAUCAGCCAGUCAUCGAGACGCAGUUAGCAAUUUUGCGCCGUAAUAUGCUGGCACCGCCAGAGAAGAAAGAAGUCGAGGGAAUCACCAAAGCCUACGUGUGCCCGGAGCUCCUCAAGUUCUCUGCGCUCACACCAGAGAUUGCCACUUCCUGCAUCGUGUGGCCAUCCAUUAUCCACCGAUUUGAGUCGUACCUUAUCUGUAUCGAGGGUUGCGACACGAUUGGACUGGAUUGUGGACCCAGAUUCGCGCUUGCCGCUUUCACGAAGGACUCUGACAACCAAGGCGAACAUGAAACGGAGCGAGUGAACUUCCAACGCGGCAUGGGCGAGAAUUACGAGCGACUGGAAUUCAUUGGCGAUACUUUUCUAAAGACAGCAACCACCAUCUCAACAUUCAUCCAGAAUCCCAACGAGAACGAAUUCGCGUUCCACGUCCGCCGCAUGCAAAUGCUGUGUAACAAGAACCUAUUUGGUGUUGCUCUGAAGCUUAAGUUGUACGAGUACAUACGCAGUAUAGCAUUCAACCGCCGCUACUGGUAUCCCGAAGGACUGAAGCUACUCUCAGGAACUGGUGUCAUCAAAGGGCAGGAGAAAGAGAACUUCCACGAACCGAGAAAUCAUGAUUUGGGCGAGAAAACAAUCGCCGAUGUUUGCGAGGCCCUGAUCGGUGCAGCGUAUCUGACGUGGGAUCAGCCUGGAGCAUGGCAGGCCGAGCACUGGACGAAUGCAGUCAAGGCGGUCACGACUCUCGUUGACUCUGACGACCAUCGAAUGCUCACAUGGGACGACUACAGGACCGCUUACAGUAAGCCACACUAUCAAACCGCCGAGGCGACAGCAGUACAGCGCGAUCUGGCGCAGAAGGUUGAGCGCGAGCAUGCUUAUCGCUUCAAGUACCCACGUCUACUGUACUCGGCUUUCAUGCAUCCGUCGGUGCCAUACAUCAACGAGAAGGUGCCAAACUACCAACGCCUCGAGUUCCUCGGUGAUGCCCUACUCGAUCAAGCCUCUAUCACCUGGCUCUUCAACAAAUAUCCCGACAAGGAUCCUCAGUGGCUGACGGAGCACAAAAUGGCCAUGGUUAGCAACAAGUUCCUGGGCGCAGUCUGCGUCAACAUUGGCUUCCACAAACAUCUCAGGCAUUAUCAUGCUGUCUUGCAGUCUCAGAUCACGGCAUAUGCAGCGGAUCUGAUGGAAGCGAAGCGUAUCGCCGGAGACUCCAGAGACUACUGGACCACGGUUUCCGACCCACCCAAAUGUCUACCUGACAUUGUGGAGGCGUAUAUUGGGGCAUUGUUCAUUGAUUCGGAUUUCAACUACGGCGAAGUACAACGAUUCUUCCAUGAGCAUGUGCAGUGGUACUUUGAGGAUAUGACGGUUUACGAUACAUUCGCAAACAAUCAUCCUUGCACUCAUCUUCACAAUAUGCUUCAGACCACUUUUGGCUGCAUGGACUACCGACUGAUGGCGAAGGAGCUUCCUAGCGUGGACGGAAUGGAGAGAAAGGAUGUGGUCGCUGUGGUCAUGAUCCACGACCAAGUCAUGGCGAGUAGUGCGGGAAAGAGUGGCCGUUACGCACGGCUGCGAGUCGCCAAUAAGGCACUAGAGAAGCUUGACGGUCUUGCGCCUUUCGACUUCCGUGCCCGAUAUAGAUGCGAUUGUAAGAUUGACGAGGACGGGCAAGUGAGGCUGGGCCAGCAUCUGGAGAGAGACGGCGAGGAGGCUGGAGGGCUGGACGGUGCUUGUGAUGUCUAGCCACGCCCGGGGCAGCAGGCGCGUAUGGAUGGCGAUUCGUACUUUUUGAGUAUAGCAACCACGACCCUUGGAACGAUGAUGAUGAUGACGAUUGAUGAUGAUGAUGUCGCGAAGAGGACAUAAUGUAGAAAUGAACCGAGUGAGACGAAUCAUGAGAGUCUAUUGGCGGCGUCCGACCUCUUCCCAUCCCAAUAUGGUAUGCCGAAGUGGUGUACUCAAUCUAUUGUUG